AUGUACUUUCGUGUGGCGUAAGUAGAACUCAUUUGUGGGCAUUGUUUUUACAUUCUGAUGCAGAAUACAUGAUUACCAAACAGUUUUUGAUUAAGACAAAUAUCCGAAGUUUAUUCAAAAAUUUUCCCGGCGUAUCUCAAAAUGAUUGUUCAGUGUCAGCCUCCAAAGGUGUACUAAUGGGCAGACAUUUUUUAUAGAGCAUUGAAAAAUCCUCCAUCUUCAUCCCUUCAAGCACAACUUGACAAUUUCGUGCGAAAACUCAGAGACAACCGUGAAACAGUUAAAGACGAAGCUCAAUUGUGUCACAAUAUGAAGUGAGGGGAGCAUUGAAGCUUGCAGUAAAGGAGAACCUAUGGAGUAAAGAACAACAGCUAAGUAGGUUAUGUCUUGGACGGCUGUGUAAAAUUCUAAUUGUGACACUAGGAAACAAACAAAAAAGAUUCAAAGCUGUCUGUAAAUCCUCGACCAGGACAGACAUCGUUAAACCUUUCAUCACCAAGAACUUGAUGAUAUUUGGCUGCCAUUUUGAUCGUAAUGCCACCGUCAGUAAUUAA